AUGUCAAAUCAAGAAUCGAAUUAAAAUUCUGACUAAAGAGACGUAUAAAGGAGAGCAGACCUUAUACAUGAUCUAUCAACCGAAAACUGACAUUAAUGUACUAUCAAUUAAAUUUGAAUUGAAUGUAUUGUUUAAAUUGUUUUUACCACAGAGUACAUUAUUAUAACUGGUGGUUUUACCAAUAUUAAAUAAAUAUUUUAAAUACAACAUAAAUACAAGCAGUAAAGAAUUUUGAUUAGUUUUUUCAACAUUAAUAGACACAGUGUAUCACAGAACGUAUAAUAGGUAGCUAAAGUAAAACUGAAAUCAUAAAAAUGGAAACUAAACGUUACAAGAUAAAAAGUUCAAAAUUUCCAGAAACUGCAUACACAUAUUAUAUCAAACAAUAUUGUAGAAGAAAAGGCACAUCUGAAACCAAGUAUCAAAAUGUCUUAGUUGAAGCAACUAAGUCUUGGUUGUCUUUAACUGAAUCUGAGAAACAGCAACUAUAUGCAGCGCAUAAGGAAAAAGGACGCAAGUUGAGACUACACUUUUUUGAUCAGUUGAAACAUGCUGAACCAUUCUUAAAAGUUAAAAACAUGGCAAGCCAAGUAAGCGAGGACUUGAAUAACAGUAAUUCAGCGAUUCAGACGCCUCAAGAAGCAAUCGAAGAAGACCGCUUACAAAAAGACACAAAUGAGCCCGUUGCUAUAGAUAAUAAUGAACCAACCAGUAUUGGUUGUAAUGAAGAAUUAUUAAUUGAUAAUAAUAAUGUUAUCCAUAAUUUACAAAUGAAUGAAGAUCUUGAAGAACAUGGUUCUAAUCAAUUAAUCAGGGAAUCACCAAAUGUGGAAGAGGUACCCAGCAUACCCCUGCUGGUAGAACCAUCACCUCCUACAAUAAAGACUAGUAAAGAUUUAUUCUUUAUGCUCAAUUCUGUGGAUGGAUCCAGCACCUUAAACUGGACAGAGCUAACACCAUUACAAAAAAGCCAGUACAGAAGUGCUGUAUGUUUAUUGAAAAAAGAUUACAUCAACAAAUAUAAAGAAUAUUUAUAUAGUUUAGCUCCAAAAGAUUUAUUUGAUUAUUACCAUAAAACAUUGUUUUAGUAAUAAAAAGCCACAGCUCACAUUUCACCCAAUAUUAUUCUGUCAUAAAGAAACUCGAUAAUUAUGAUUUAUACCAUGUCUCUGCUGGUAUGUAUAUGAGGCAAUAAACUUGAGUUUUGGAAAAGUACCUACUCGUUUUUAUAAGUAUAAGUACUCUUGUAUUAAGAAAAAUCGAUUAAUUUUAAAAUAAUAAAAUAAAACAAUCUAAACUAAAAAAAAAACAGCCAAAAGCGCAUCGGGCUACGCUCAGUGUAGGGUUCCGUAGCCGUAGUUUACGACAAGAUGAUAAAAGUUGUCUAUACAAUUCGACAAAAGUAAAGCGCAUAACCGUCCCGACCCCUUAGACUCAAUAAAAAUUUUAUACAGAAAUUCAGCGGAAAGUAAUAAAAGUACCUACAGCACCCAUCUGAAAGUAGGUACCUAUGUUAAGUUUACAGUGAAAAUUUUGGAUUGCGUAAACCGAUACCGACGUCCUAUACUUGGGUAAUUUCCUGGGUCAAAUAUAAAUUAAUUUGACGUUUCAAUACAAUAAAAUAUUGAAAAUAACUAUAUACAGGGACAGGGACAGGGACUAUGUAAAAAGACACUUAACGAAGCCGUUAACUACGCAGUAGCUCUACGCUAAAAUUAUCACUGGGAAACGACUUUUAUUUUUAGGUAUAAAAAAAAUAUAAUUUUAUUGCGCGCAAUGUAAAGCAAACGGGCUUCGUGUCAUUGUGUGCGUAGGUUCACAGCUUAGCAUUAAAACGCUGUGAUAAGUACGUAGGUCGACGUUUUACUUUGCAACAACAAAACAAUUUUGUAAAAUAAAAAUCCUACUGAGAUGCACGAUGUUUUUUGUGCGGGUCUGCAUUUAUUUAUUACGUACAUUACUGUUCGCAACUUCAAAUGCGUAAUUUAUUUAGAAAAAUCGAAAAUUCAGGUAAUGUUUGUUUGGAAAAAAGUUUUGUAAUAACACUUAGUAUUUGAUUGCGUAAAAAAAAAUAAAAAUUAAAAAAUGCAUCUUUGACCUUCAAUAUCUUGAGAACCCGUGAAGUCCCAGCUAUGGUGUUAAAGAAAAAAAUGAUCCAAGUAAUGGGUAGAAUACGUGGCUUUCGGCUUCGUUAAGUGUUAUUUUACACC